UUCUGUGAUCAAACAGCUUAUUCUGUGGAUAAAUUAGAUCAAAUUGGUGAACAUGUUCUGCCGUACGGUUGGGAAAUUGUACAAGAUAUGAAAUAUGGUACAUUUUACAUUGAUCAUAUUAACAAACAUACACAAUAUGAACCACCAACAGUGGAAGAUUUUCAAUUAGGUGAACAAGUUCGUAUGAAAUAUUUAACUCAAUUGAAUACAAUUCAUCGUAAAUCACUGCCAAAAUCAACAACAACAAUAAAUACUACUACUACUACUACCAAUACUACUAAUAAUCAUUCUAUCAUUAAACAUGGAAAUCAUGAUAAUAAAAGUACUCCUAAUAAUCCAGAUGUUGAUGAUGAAGACGAUCAAAGUGAAUUCGCUUCUUCCAUCUCCUCCUCAUCAGCAUCAGCAUCCGCAUCCACAUCAUCACAUAUGGAUGGGAAUGGACGUGUAACACCUGUAACAUUUUGUUCUGAUUUAAAACAAUUACACGGUCCAUUAAUUAAUACAAUUCUAGUGAAAAGUCCACGUGGUUUUGGAUUUACAAUUAUUGGUGGUUCCGAUUGUAAUCGAUCAGCAUUUUUACAAGUAAAGUUGUAA